CCCCGCCCCGCCCCGCCCCGCACACACGGCCGGGCGGACCCGCGGGCGCACGGGCGGACGGGGCAGCGGGCGGCGGACGGGGCAGCGGACGGCGCGGACCAGCCGGCGGACGCAGCCGGCGGACACAGCCAGCGGACACAGCCGGCGGACACAGCCCCGGACGGCCGGCGGACGGGGCGCACCCGCCGCAGACGCACGGGCCGGCCGGUAGGCGCGGGCGGCCAGCAGGCCAGGCCCCGGACGCAGCCACCCGGAACCCGCCACCUCGAAGACACCAUGAGCCACUCGGGCGGCAGCCCGGGCCGGUCAGACGGUGUGGCCAAGAUGAGUGCCAAGGACCUGUUUGAGCAGAGAAAGAAGUACUCCAACUCCAAUGUCAUCAUGCACGAGACAUCCCAGUACCACGUCCAGCACUUGGCCACGUUCAUCAUGGACAAGAGUGAGGCCAUCGUGUCCGUGGAUGACGCCAUCAGGAAGCUGGUGCAGCUGAGCGCCAAGGAGAAGAUCUGGACCCAGGAGAUGCUGCUGCAGGUGAACGAUAAGGAACUGCGGCUGCUGGACGUGGAGUCCAAGGAAGAGCUGGAGAACUUCCCGCUGCCCACCGUGCGGCACAGCCAGACGGUGCUCAACCAGCUGCGCUACCCGUCUGUGCUGCUCCUCGUGUGCCAGGACUCGGAGCAGAACAAGCCCGACGUGCACUUCUUCCACUGCGACGAGGUGGAGGCCGAGCUGGUGCAUGAGGACAUUGAGAGCGCGCUGGCCGACUGCCGGCUGGGGAAGAAGAUGCGGCCCCAGACACUCAAGGGCCACCGCGAGAAGCUGCAGCAGCGGGGGUCUGUGCUGCCCGUGCCCCAGGGCCCUGCGCCCAUCCCCGUCCAGCGCUCUGGCGUGGACGCGGUCCCCAAGAACCGCGUGGGACCCCCGGUGCCGCUGGGCGAGGCAGGGUUCCGCCGCUGGGACGCGCAGGAAGACGAGCCGCGGGCAGUGCUGGCCCACAAGAUCGAGAAGGAGACGCAAGUCCUCAACUGCGCGCUGGACGACAUUGAGUGGUUCGUGGCGCGGCUGCAGAAGGCGGCCGAGGCCUUCAAGCAGCUGAACCAGCGCAAGAAAGGGAAGAAGAAGGGGAAGAAGGGGCCCGCAGAGGGCGUCCUGACGCUGCGCGCGCGGCCCCCCACGGAAGCCGAGUUCGUGGACUGUUUCCAGAAAAUCAAGCUGGCCAUCAACCUGCUGGCCAAGCUGCAGAAGCACAUCCAGAACCCCAGCGCCGUGGAGCUGGUGCACUUCCUCUUCGGGCCUCUGGAACUGAUCGUCAGCACCUGUGCGGGCCCGGACCUGGCCGCCUCGGCCCGCUGCCCCCUGCUCUCGGCCGAGGCCGUGGCCUUCCUGCACGGCCACCUAACCCCCAAGGAGAUGGCUCUGUGGAAGACGCUGGGGGAGACCUGGACCCUGCCCCGCUCCGAGUGGCCGCGGGAGUCCCAGAUACCCUUCUACGUGCCCAGAUUCCACAGCGGCUGGGAGCCGCCGCUGGACAUCCUGCAGGAGGCCCCCUGGGAAGUGGAGGGACUGGCCGCCGGCCUCGAGUCCGCUCCGGGGAGCCUCCGGGCCUUUCGAAACUCCACCAAGCAGCAACACACGUCAGAGCCCACGCCCCUUGGAGAUGUCCCCCCAGCCGGUGGCCUGAACCCUCCCAGGGGUUACGAGCCCACCACGGCCAAGUACGCCAGGGUCCUGUACGACUUCACUGCCCGCAACGCCAAUGAGCUGUCAGUGCUCAAGGACGACGUCCUGGAGGUGGUGAGAGAUGGGCACCACUGGUGGGAGCUGCGCAGCUCCAGGGGCGAGGUGGGCUACGUGCCCUGCAACAUCCUGGAUGAGGCACGGCCUGAGGAUGCGGGCCGCCCCCCCGAGCAGCCAGGUGCGAAAUACUGGGGCCCCGCCAGCCCCAUCCACAAGCUGUCCCCCGGCAUCACAGGACCCAAAAAUGAGGUCAUGGACGAGGUCAACAACGAGCUGCAGAUUAAGAUCCACAACAUCAAGUCGCAGCCGCAGCGCAACUUCCGUGUGGAGCGCAGCCAGCCCGUGCGCCAGCCGCUCACCUUCAGCUCCAGCCCGCAGCAGGUGCAGGCCUGGCUGGAAGCCAAGGCCUUCAGCCCACAGACGGUGGAGAACCUGGGCAUCCUGACGGGCAGCCAGCUCUUCUCACUGAACCGCGACGAGCUGAAGAAGGUGUGCGGGGAGGAGGGCGCGCGCGUGUACAGCCAGCUCACCGUGCAGAAGGCAUCUCUGGAGGAUAGGAAAGGCGGCACCGAGCUGCAGGAACUCAUGGACAAGUUUACUUACAUCAACCAGAAGCGGAUGGAGGACGAGGAGAGCUGAGCGGCGUGCCCGCCCGCGCGUGCCUGCGCGCUCUGCCGCCCGGACCCCCGCCCCGCCCCACCUGCCAGCCAAACGGCCACUCCGGUCACACUGGUCGCUCGGCCACCGGGGUUCCUGCCCCCCAGUCCGGGCUCACUGCCACCCCCACCGUACCCCACUCCAGCCCGCAGGAGGGCUUCAGUGGGGUCCCUCCCGGCUCACAGCACCCUGAGGUGGGCGUUGGGACCCCCACAUCCUCCCAUGGAGCACGCGCAAUUGGAUUUCGAGAUCCCUGGACGCCUUCCCAAACGGAACUUUCUGUGACCCAGUCCCAGCCAGGCCUGGGCUGUGUCCUGGGGGUGGGGGGAGGCCACCGCCCAGAGAGAGAGAAGUCGCAUCUCAUUAAACAGGCUCACUCCUGCCUGUGCGUCGUGGGGGGGUUCACUGCGCAGCCCCUGGGGGGGGUGGGCACCAGGGCCAGGGGGUUCCUCCCUCGAGGCAGGACAACUGUCCCGCGCAGCCGGGCCAGAGGGCUGCCCCGCAAUGCACUUCCAUGGGCCCAAAUCCUGGGGCCUGUGGUGGGAGCCCAGUGACGGCACCUGGGGUGCAGCAGAGGCUAGUCGGAGGCCAGGCUGCUGGAGGACGCCCGUGACCUCUGACUGCUAGUCUCUGCGCUCCCGGGCCCUGCACGGUGGUUUCCAGCGCCCUCUGCUGGCAGCCGGGGACAGCUGCACUCUGGAGCAGGGAGUGUGUGAAAUCGGGUUUUCUUCCGUGCUGGGGUGUCGCCAGCCUCGCCCCCUGGUUCACUCACAUGGCCCGUGGGACAGCGUGUGUCCAGCACGGCCUUGGCCUGAGAAACUCAGAGGCGAUGUCCUCGAGGCCAUCCCUGGGAGGUACCCACCCCCGGGGUGGAAGGGCCAGGCCUGCCCCUUGAGGGACCCUUUGAGGAGACGGCUGUGGAGGGAGCAGCCCCCCACACACACACUGAGCUGAGCCCCUUGGCUCAAGCCCUGCCCUCCCCGCCUCCCGCUGCUGCCUGUUCUCAGCUGGUCUGGAGCAGAUGGGUGGCCCCUGCCCGCUCUCAGGGGCUUCGGGACCGUACAGGGAGAAGGCGGUCUAGGAGCCUGGGUCCAAAGGCCUCUGGCCCCACCGCUGCCCAGA